GAGUGAAGGCGGGCGGGGGGCCGCCAUAUUGGCACCUCGCGGGGUUAUCCUGCGGGCUCAGGAGGACGGAGGGGCUCUGGGGGCAGAGGGGCCUCCGUGGGGCAGGGGGGUGCCGGGAGGGGUCUGUAGGGCAGGAGGGGGUCCUCAGCAGGGGGUUAUAGGACAGGGUAACGGGUCCCGGAUAGCCUGGGAGGCUCCUGUGGGGCUGAGGUAGGAUGCGUGGCCUGGUCUGUGCCCCACAGAGGGCCUCUGUGGGCCGUGGAACCGCAGUGUUCCUCCCCACCCCCACCCCCACCCCCCGUCAGCCCCACGUCCUGGGGGCAGGGCUGCGUGUCAGGGCGUCCAUCCUCAUCCAGGCCCUUUGUGCGCGGAUUGUUCUGGCUCUUUCGGGGCAGCUGCGGGGCUGUGCUGAGCCAGGCCCUGGGCAGCGACCCGCUGACUCACGCCAUGUAUGGGGCUGCUGAGCUGGCAGGGACGUGGGGCCCGGCCGCCCCCCCCCCCCUUCCUACCCCAGCAGCAGGGCUGGGGGCAGCUCCCAUUCUGUAACCCCUUCUGCUGCCCCCAGAACAGGGCAGGGGUUCCCUUGUGCCCUCCUGGCGCUGCAGUAUGAGCAGGGCUGGCCCCAUCUGCUGCCCCCACCCCACAAACACCUUCCCCUGCCCCCCUCCCCCCCCCCCCCUCCCCUUUCAUCUGUGCAUCCUCUCCUUUCAUCUCUGCCUUUCAUCUCCCACCUGAGCACCUCCUGCUGGUUGUCGUGGCAACACCCCAAAGUGCCCCUUCUUGUUGCCGUGGCACCCAGAGCAUCUUGGGGUGCCCGAGCCCAAUUUCAGGCCCCAUGCAGCUCCUGCCAUGGCCGUGCCCUCUUGGCAGACCCCUCCUGUGUUCUGGGGCUGCCCUGUGCUGGGUGUGGGGUCCUCCCUCCCCAAAUCAAGGGGGGGUUGGCAGGACCAGGGGAUGGGAGGUGCCCUUGCCAUAGGCAUCCUGUGCGCUUGCCUUGGACCUGCAGCUGCACCAUGGCCAUAGGGGAGGAGCUGCACAGCGGGUGCUUCUGGCGGGAGGUGUUGGCUGAGGCUGUGGCAACGCUCAUCUUUACUGGGGUGGUCCUGGGAGCUUCAGCUGUCCCCAGCCCCCUGGUGCCAGCCCUGGCAGGGGGGCUGGCGGCUGGGACACUGAGCUGUGCUCUCGGGGCACCCCAGGCCAACCCAGCACUCACCCUGGCGCUGCUCUGCACCCACAAACUGAGUGCCCUGCGUGGGGCUGCUGUGCUGCUGGCACAAUGUGCCGGGGCUGUGCUGGCUGCCACUGCUGCACGCCUGGCACUGCUGGACGACACCGGAAUGGUCACCAGGGUGAGUGCGGCAGGGACAGCAGGGCAGGCGUUGUGCUGGGAGAUCUUUGCCACCUUCCAGCUGGUGCUCACCACCUUUGCCACCGCCAACCAUGAGACCGUCCCCACCGGGCUGGCCCUGGGCAGUGCCGUCAUUGCUGGCACCCUGGCUGCGGGGCCAUUCUCGGGGGGCAGCAUGAACCCAGCCCGCUCACUGGGGCCUGCCAUCGUCACCGGCAUCUGGGACGACCACUGGGUGUACUGGGUGGGACCGGUGCUGGGUGCUGUGCUGGCUGGGCUCUGCUAUGAGUUCAUCUUCGCCCCUGGUGCCUCCCGGGAGAAGCUGUGUGCCUGCCUCACCUGCCGGGAUGUGACACUGGUGGAGACCACCACCCCAUCCCUCUCCUCACCCGCCACCACCCCCCUCGGUGCUGCUCGUACCCCCCCAGCCUCCCAGGGUCAGGGCACGGCCUGAUGGGAGGGCUGGGGGGCUCCUGCACAGCUGCCUCCUCCUCCCCCCCCCCCCCCCCCCAAACCAUCCUCUUUUCCAUGGGGAUUAAAGGUGACUUUAGGCCAGAGAUGAGCACAGAGUGGUGCUGUGG